AUGAGAUCAGAUGUGGAGCAGCAACUCAACCUCAUUGCAUCUGGUAAAGCAGCUCAUGGCGAUGUGCUUCAGUACUUUUUAAAAAUGUUUGCCAAGAAGUUUGCGUACUUUACAAAGCAGAUUGAAGCUAUGGACGAACUGUUUGAAGCAACCUUCUCGCCUCUUGCUGCCACAGGCAGACCUUUAUCUAAAUGUGGUAAAUGUAAAAGAUACAUGAAAUACAUUUCCUUAAAGCCAAACCGACUCCAUUGCGCUACUUGCGAUGAGACAUACUCGCUUCCUCUCAAUGGACAUAUAAAGCUGUACAAGGAACUUCGAUGUCCCUUGGAUGACUUUGAGCUUGUAUUGUAUUCUACUGGAUCAAAGGGUACUGGCUAUCCUAUUUGCCCCUGCUGCUAUAACAGCCCACCUUUCGAAAACUUCAAAAAGGGAAUGGCAUGUAAUCAUUGCCCACAUCCUACUUGUCCUCACUCCAUGGUGACAAAUGCCGUGUGUCCCUGUCCAGAGAAUGAGAGCGAGACUGAUCCUUGCAAGGGGUCGCUCAUUUUAGACGCCACAUCCGCACCUCGAUGGAAAUUGAGUUGCAAUGAAUGCAACAUUGUAUCUUCCUUUGUGGAUACAGUCAAAAAUGUGAUUAUACAAAAGAAUGUGUGUGAGUGCGGAUCUGUCAUGCUCAAAGUGGAAUUCCGCGAAAAUCAGAAUAGAAAGCCAGCGUCUGGCUGUAUCAUGUGUGAUGAUGAGAUCGAAGGCUUAUUAGCUACAAGGUUUGCAAGAAAGAAUGUGAGAGCUCGAUUUGGUGGAAGACGUAGAGGCAGAGGAGGCAAGAAGUUUGAUCCGAAGCUUCGUAAACUAUACGCUGAUAUGCGAUAA